CCCGACAAAGAAAAUGCACCAGAUUUUGAUGAGGACACUUUACGAGGUGAGUUAUGUUCAACUUCGGCUUCAGUUAUUGUUAGAACAAUUUCUAUUCCACCAGUUUCAAGAAUGUAAGUAGAUGUAGACAAGGAUACAUACUCUGUAUGACCACUUUAAAGGAUAUUUGACCAGCCAUGACUCUCUUCUAUGAUUACAUUAUGCUGUUCAUUGAGAAGGAAUUUUCAACACACAAACCUUUGUUAUAUUCUUUUCUAAAAGUUCAAAACAAGGACACAAAGUUAUUAAUAAUACGUAAAGACUUUAUUUGAUCAUCAUACAACAUCCAUUUUGUAAGUUUGUAUAUCAUUAUAAAGUACCAUCAUCAUCAUCAUCAUCAUCUUCCCCUUAUAAUGCAGCAGUCAAUUUGAAAGCUUCAACAUCCCCUCCCUUCUCCUCGAGCAACCCACGGGCUUUUGAUCAUCAUCCAAGCCAAAGGGGAGGGGGAGGGGUAGGGGGAGAUUGAACCUUGCCUGACUGGCAUUGAAAUUUGAACCAGAAGUGUCAAGAUUUUCCAUUAGAAUACAUGUGUUAUAUCAUUGAAUAUAUAGGUGUUUAAGGUAGAUAGUGCACGUUCGCUAACAAAUGGCUCAGAAGAAAAAAGCGCAUAAGGUCUACGUUUUAAAGCUUGGUCAAUGUGCUGAAAGUCACAGUUGCUAAUUAUUUUGUUUUUUACAUAAAAAUUUGUGACUGAUCUCGAAAAGUUUAAAUGCCUAGAGGUUUGCUUUAAAUUGAAUGACGCUUAACUCUCGUCAUUAUUAUUACCACUGUUGUCACCCACAUUAUUAGCAUUAUGAUAACUUAUAAUCUCAUCUUCUUUAUUAUCAUUCUUAUCAUUUAAAUCCUAUCUAUUUGUCGAUGAGUAAUAUUGCUUCUGGUUUUUAUGAUGCAACAUCUGCAACAUCUGGAUCUUAUUAACUCAGUAACUAUCUAAAUUUAAUUAAAGCAGUAGACUUAUAAUUAUGCCAACUCUCUCUGAUUAUCAGAGAGUCUCACAGAAAAAGAACGAUACUCUGGGCCCCCCAUAUAGGUCAUCAAACCAUCAAGAUAAAAUAGGAUUUGGGUCGGUUCCUCACAGAAAUAUAACAUUUGAACUCCAGGUUUCCUAUAUCCAAUGUUAUUAUGCUUAUCUUAGGAUUUUUAUCUCAAUUUUCUUGAUCGCACUUAGAUUGUUUCAAAGUAGGGAUUACACUUUCUUCUAAACAACAACUACAACAGCAACUGAGUCUGAUUGGUUAAGCUUUCGACCAAAAAACUCUCUUAUAAGUUAACUGAGAAGGGUUUGUCCUGUGAGGAGGGAGGGGUGGCUGCUGAUGUCAUCUAAGGUUUUCAGGGAUGGGUCAAGUCAGGCAGGUGCAAAAGUGGCUGGCACAAAAGAAAAAAUCUGCAGAUUUUAAAUCUUCGGAUCUUGGCAGCUCUGCUUACACACUAAUUAACUACCCACAGAAUUUGACACAAAUUAUUUUCUAUAUAUUUUUUUUGCAGCCACGGCUGAUUUUCAUAGGAAUCAAGGUAAUGAGGCCUUCAAGAAAGGAGAUUUCAUCGAUGCUAUUCAUUUUUACACCAAAGGAAUUAAAGUGAACUGUAAUGAGAAAGAACUGAAGGCCAAACUGUACAACAACAGGGCUAUUGCACAUCUUAAACUUGGUAAGAUGAUGAGAGCUUUUAUAUACUUUUUUUUCUCUUUUGAAGCUAUUGGGCUGUCGGUGGUAAUUUUCUAAAAAAGGUGAUAAUUUUGAAUGUAUGCCCAAAAAGAAAUUCUCCGAAAAAGUAUAUAUGCCUUAUCUUGGCCUCUCAAAAAUGCAUAGAAGUAACGUACCUCUUACCCCAGAUAUCAAUGAGCAUCACAAGCUUUUCCUAAAAUUGAGGUAAAGGUGGUGGGUUUGCUAUAUGAACAGCUAAUCAGAGAUAUUUAUUUCAAAAACAGGAAAUCACCAGGAUUCACUGAGGGAUGUAGAAGCAGCCAUUGAGUUAAUGCCAACUUCCCUCAAGGCAAUUAUGAGAGGUUAGAUAUGUUAGCUGUGCUAUAAUAAUGAUAAUAUAACAAUAAUAAUAAUGAUAUAGAACUCAACACUCUAAGGUUAAAUGAGGUUAAAUGAAGUUAAAUCUUGUCUCAAUUGACUUUCAUCAAGAGGUCAUGACCAUCCUAAUGUUCAUUUGAAUCCAGCUCUUGACUGCUGUGCCGUGACUUUCCAUUAUGAUGAGAAUAUUAAUUUGAGUUAGAUGAAGAACUCAAUGCUGAAUGCAAAUUAAGGCAAAAUUUUAGCAUGAGUAUUCUAGUUUUCUUUUGCUUAUUGAGUUAGGUAGAGGUGUCUGAUACGUUUAUUCCACUAUUAAGCUGUUUUGAAAAGAAGGAAGGACUUGACUUAACUCAAAACUGUGAGAAAAGUAAUACCUCGAUUGUUCGUUAGGUAUAACUCAACUUUAAGUGCUAUUAUACAUGUUUUAAUAAUGUAACUAGAGACGGCAUAAGUAAAUCUUAUUCUUGGUGAACUUCAAGCCUUAGUUUGAGUCACCUCCUAGUAAUCAAUUAUUAACUCUUUGUCUUUGAUUAAAUCAAAUAAGUUAACUCAAACUAAAGGGAAACUUAGUUAAUACCAAAUCAAAUGUUUUAUUUUGUAUUAUAAUAAAGUUCGGAUAUAACGCGCGCUGUCUUUGGUUGAAAGAGCGUGCUCUGUGAGAGUAUAGAGCAUAGAGCUGAGCUAAAGCUGUCACGCCAUCUGCCAACUUGUUCUAUGUUCCACCUUUUCCGGGACUUCUUUUUAGCUUUUUUCCGAUAAUUGAAAGUAAAAUUUCGCAACAAGUAGGUAAGUAGCAACAGAAGAACCAAACAAAGGUUUGUAAACAUACCAGGCGCCGUAAUUUACGUUAUUAAAAUGUGAGCAGAUACGAAAAUCCUCAAAAGGAAAAAAAAAAAAGGCAUUCCGAGUUUUAAAGAUUUUCAAGCUCAGUUAGAUUGCAAGCUUACGUACGGUAAUAAAAAUCAAACACAGCUAACACUCAUAUAGUAUAUAAAGUUCAGUGUUCAAAAACAAAACAGAACAAAACAGAAAUGAUGAAAAAUAUAACCAAACUGGCAUAACUGUUAAAAUUCAUACUAAUCACGAAGGUUUCUGAGCGAAUAUGAUCAUGCUGAAGUCCAUCGCGGCUCGCUCAUCAUGGCGAUCCCGGUCAUCACUGUAAAGCAAGCUUCAGAAGCUACAUCGGCCGCCCAUCGAAUGAAAAAAAUAAGAGCUUGCUCUGAUAUCCUUUCCGAUGCGUUGAGUGGAAAGUCACAUCAGUCACUGCAGCCGAGUUUUGCGGUGCUGUCGUCCCGAGCGAUUUUCAUGUUCCGGUGAAUUCGGCCCUCGUUCAUUCGAAAAACACUCGCCUUGAACAGUUUGUUUUCUACCUUGUCAUGUGAAAGAACUCGCGUGUUUUUGUGAGACAUAAUUCGGCUGAAGUUCACUGAAAAUUUCCCUUCAAGAUUCUAUAUUAGAGACUUAAAAACUUCAGGAAAAAGUGUUAAAUUCGACCUGCCGAACUAUUUUAGUUUGUAAACUAUCGUAGAAUGUGAACUUUGAUGGUUUUUGAACUUUGAUGGUUUGACACUUUUGACAGCUUUUGUGUUAUACAGCCAAUCAGGUUAUUUGAACCAUUCUGACAGGGAUUCUGAUUGGCUGAUUGUAGCGUGCUUUAUGAGAGUAUAGAGCAUGCUGACGACACUGUUGUUCGCUUUGGAAAUAAAGUUUGUUUUGAAAAUUGAAAGUAAUUCUUGGGGAAUUUAACAGAUUCUUUAUUAUAAAACAAAAGGAGAAGCCUUGACUGUGCUCUGUUCUGUUAUAAAGCACUUAGGAAGCGGCUAGAGCACUAAAGAAGUAGGGAGAAACACUCGACUACGUCUCGUGUUUCUCCCUACACUUCUUUCUUGCUCUAGCCGCUUCCUAAGUGCUUUAUAACAGAACAGAGCACAGUCAAGGUUUCUCUAUUUUUUAAUUAUGAUCGAAGUUGAAAUUUAACCUGGUUCUAAAAAGGUUUUAAAACUAAAAAAUGUACUAUAAUUAUAAAAAUUAUUAAAAGAUGGGUUUAUUUUUCUAUUUUCACAUUGCAUGUCUUAUAUUUUAUUUCUAUCUCUUAGUGAUUUUGUGUGGGAAUUGUCAGCUGCAAUUUAAAUGUUCUUAGAAGUUUCAAUUAUCAAAAGCUAAUCUAGCUGAAACCUAAUAGGGCCUGUUCAUUCUUUUCCCUUUAGUUUUUUGAUUUUGUUUUGUUUUCUGGUCUGUAAUGAUUUAGCUUUCAAUGGCUUCCUUUUCUUUUCUUGGAAUUGAGCUGUAGUAAUUAUUUGCUUCUUCGUGUUGUUGCCUACAGGAGCCACUGCCUGUGUUAAACUAAAGAGAUUUAAAGAAGCAAUCACUUGGUGUGAUAAGGGAUUAGCUGUAUCCUUUCAAGUAAUCUUUAAUUGUUUACCAUGGGUAUGAUGGAAAUACUCCAUAAUUUGACGUUUCAAGGGAGAAAAUGCAAAGAAGGGUAUUAAUUACGAUGGUAACUUGUCAUCUCAUACUUUUAGUGUGUGUGAGUAAAAACUGUGGGAAAAGUUAAUACCUUAUGACUCAAUAGUGAUAUACUCCUUUUAGCCAUGUCUUAGUCAUAAUAUCCAUGCCACAACUGAUACUUUAGUUUAGUUAAAAGACUAAUAUUCACCCAGUGUAUACAUAUGUGGAUAGAUGAUCUCUCUAAAACGAGUCAGAAAAAGAUGCUUGGCAAUGCUUAUAUAUAUUAUGUUGAUUUUCUUGCCUUUAGAUUUUUUUUUUCACGACUCAGAAACUCGGAAACUUUCAUUGUAUUUUCCUAUGGGCAAAUAUAACUUUGAAAGGCACAUAUCUGUGUUUUAGAUUCAUUUCUUUCAUUGCUGUAAAAUGUUAGUCUGAACUUAAAGAUGUAUUAAUUUAAAAAUCAAGCAAGUGCUUCCCAAGUUUUGGAAACAAGGGGUGAAAAUUUCAGGUUACACGCAGUGGAAAACUUUUUGUAAUGCGUAGAUUUACUUCGUACCUGACUUUAAGACUGAUUGUUUAUUAAACUGACAUCUACCUGAACACAAGCCUUCCUGAUAAGCCAUUUUACAAUUGUUUACUUAGUUUCCAGGCCUUUGAUUUGGAGUGAGGCUGAAGAUAACCUUGUUGAGAGAGAUCAAUAUCUAGUAGGCAUAAUUGCAAAGUAAUUUGCAUUUGAAAAGCAGUAAUGUUGUAUCAUAACAAGGUAACCCUUAGCCACACUCCUGUUAAAGGGCUUGGGAACCAAGCACGCAACUGUAAAAAUGGACUAUCAAAUAUCAAUCCAGAAAAAUGAUCUUUUUUGUUUUUUCUACAUUUUUAAACCUUAACACAAAAAAGAUUGACAACAAUAAUAGGAUUUUGUUGUCAUUAAGACUUCAGUCUCUCAGAGAAGUGGGGGAUAAGUCCGUGGAGGAAAAAGAUCACAUUAGCUAUGACCAUGUUGGUCCAAGUUCAGGUGAUGUCAAGAAGGUCAUUGACUUCUAUAACUGGGAAGCCAAGCAUAGGGAGGGUAACAUGUAUUGCAAUCUUGGCAAUGCUAAUAUCAAUCUGGGUAAUUUCAAAAAAGCCAUAGAGUACCACAACCUACAUCUUAAAAUAGCUAAAGAAGUAGGAGACAAGCAUGGGGAGGGUAACGCUUAUGGCAAUCUUGGCAAUGCUUAUGACAGUCUAGGCGAUUUCAAAAAAGCCAUAGAGUACCACAAUCUAUAUCUUAAAAUAGUUCAAGAAGUAGGAGACAAGCAUGGGGAGGGUGGUGCUUAUGGCAACCUUGGUAUUGCUAAUUGCAGAUUGGGUGAUUUAAAAAAGGCCAUAGAGUUCCACAACCUAAGUCUUAAAAUACUUAAAGAAGUAGGAGACAAGCAUGGGGAGGGUAAGGCUUAUGGCAAUCUUGGCGUUGCUUAUAAAAGACUGGGUGAUUUAAAAAAAGCCAUAAAGUAUCACAACCUACAUCUUAAAAUAGCUAAAGAAGUAGGAGACAAGCAUGAAGAGGGUAAAGCUUAUUGCAAUCUUGGCGUUGCUUAUAAAAGACUGGGUGAUUUAAAAAAAGCCAUAAAGUAUCACAACCUACAUCUUAAAAUAGCUGAAGAAGUAGGAGACAAGCAUGGAGAGGGUAACGCUUAUUGCAAUCUUGGCAAUGCUAAUUACAAACUAGGUGAUUUCAAAAAAGCCAUAGAGUACCACAACCUACAUCUUAAAAUAGCUAAAGAAAUAGGAGACAAGCAUGGGGAGGGUGGUGCUUACGGAAAUCUUGGCAAUGCUUAUUACAGUCUAAGUGAUUUCAAAAAAGCCAUAGAGUACCACAACCUACAUCUUAAAAUAGCUAAAGAAGUAGGAGACAAGUAUGGGGAGGGUGGUGCUUACGGCAAUCUUGGCAGUGCUUAUUACAGUCUGGGUGAUUUCAAAAACGCCAUAGAGUUCCACAACCUAAAUCUUAAAAUAGCUAAAGAAGUAGGAGACAAGCAUGGGGAAAGCAACACCUAUGGCAAUCUUAGCAAUGCUAAUUACAAACUGGGUAAUUUCAAAAAAGCCAUGGAGUACCAAAACCUACAUCUUAAAAUAGUUAAAGAAGUAGGAGACAAGCAUGGGGAGGGUGUUGCUUAUGGCAAUCUUGGCAAUGCUAAUUACCUUUUGGGUGAUUUCAAAAAGGCCCUAGAGUACCACAAGCUACAUCUUGAGAUGAUUAAAGAAGUAGGAGACAAGAAUAGGGAGGGUUGUGCUUAUGGCAAUCUUGGCAAUGAUUAUUACGGUAUGGGUGAUUUAAAAAAAGCCAUAGAGUACCACAACCUACAUCUUAAAAUAAGUAAAGAAGUAGGAAACAAGCAAGGGGAGGGUCAUGUUUAUGGUAAUCUUGGCAAAAUGUAUCAAACUCUGGGAGAUUUGAAAAAGGCCGACGAGUCGUACAAGCUAAUGCUCGAAACUGCCAAAGAGGUCGCAGACAAAUUCUUGGAGGCAACGGCUUAUUAUUCAUUAGGAUGCGUUUCUGAGUUGCUGGGUCGACUGCUCAAAGCCGUUGAACAUUACCAAGCUAGCAUAACCUUAUUCAAUUCCUUGAGAGUACUUCUAAAAUCUAAAGAUGAAUGGAAAGUUAAUUUUCGAAAUCAGUAUCAAAUUGCGUACACAGGUUUGUGGAGAGUUCUAGUAGAACAAGGUAAUAUGGAUGAAGCCUUGCUUGCUGCUGAGAAGGGACGAGCUCAAGCUCUGACCGACCUUAUGGAAUUCCGUUUUAGUGGUGGAACAAGUCAGCACAAGAAAGGAGAUGAAGAUUUAGCGGUUUUAAAAGACGUUCCAUUAAACACUGUCUUUCAAGCAGUGGACGGAGCUAGCGUCAGUCUUUGGGUUGUGUCCGAAGGAAAACAAGUUCAGUUAAGACAAUGUAAACUGAAUAGUUCUGUUUCAGGGAACAGUGGAGCCAGCCAGUUCUUUAAGUCGUUCAUACUCGUUGUCUAUACACAACUUGGUGUUCGUUCUAAUGUGAGAUGCGAGAAUCGAUCUUUGGAUGCUUUGAGGGAGAACCGUUCAAAAGUGGAUGAGAAAACUAAAGAAGACAACUCUCAACCUUCCAUGGAAUGCUUAAGCACUUUGUAUGAUACCGUCAUGAAGCCAGUGGCUGACCUGCUUCAAGGGGAUGAGUUACUCAUUAUUCCCGAUGGACCCCUGUGGCUCGUUCCUUACGCCGCACUCAAGGAUGGUAAUUCUAAAUAUCUGUGUGAAUCGUUCAGGAUCCGACUCGCUCCAUCGUUAACAAGUCUUAGACUCAUUGCCGAUUGCCCAGAUGAUUAUCACAAAAGCAGUGGUGCUUUACUAGUAGGAGAUCCGUGGGUAGCCGAGGUUACUAACAGCAAGGGAGAGAUACUCCUCGAGCAGCUUCCGUGUGCUAAAGAAGAAGUAGAAAUGAUCGGAAAAAUUCUGAAUAUCACGCCAAUCACUGGCAGACAGGCCACGAAACGUGAGGUGUUGAAAAGACUCAGUUCCGUUUCCUUAGUUCACUUUGCGGCACACGGAUGGAUGGAAACUGGCGAAAUUGCUCUGACACCUGACCCACACCGAAGAUCUACUGUGCCAACGGAGGAGGAUUACAUUUUAACAAUUGGAGAUGUGUUGAAUGUUCAACUUCGCGCCAAACUUGUUGUGCUUAGUUGCUGCCACAGUGGUCGGGGCGAGAUCAAGGCUGAAGGUGUGGUUGGCAUUGCGCGCGCUUUUAUGGGGGCUGGUGCUCGGUCUGUUGUGGUGUCCCUGUGGGCGAUCGAUGACGAGGCUACUCUCGAGUUAAUGAAAUGCUUUUAUCAAAACCUUGCAAAAGGUAAACCUGCAAGCGAAUCACUGAACCUGUCCAUGAAAAGCCUCAGAGAAUCAGACAAGUUCCAUGACAUCAAAUACUGGGCGCCUUUUUUUCUAAUUGGAGAUGACGUCACUCUUGACUUCAUGGCAAAGGAAAUAUAA